AGUUUGCAGAGCACUGAGACCAUAUUAAGUACGUUGAAUCACAGGAAUUAAAUGUAGGAAAAGUGAAAAGAUCAACUCACAGUAACAAACUGUUUUGCAAGAUGGAUGAUUAUUUAGCAAAUACUACACAUUGUAGAUCUGUGACUGUAAAACAGUAUUUCAAAAAGCCACAUUCAAUGAAAGCAUUCUUCAAUUCUAUAUAACCUCAUGAGCAAACGGUGAUAUGCUUGAAGUUUGUAGAUUGAAAAUUGGUUGAAUAAACAAGAAUGCGCGCGCGCACACACGCACACACACACAAACUUUAACCUGUGAUUAUUAGAUUCAUGUGUGUGGGUGUUUGAAGCAGUGAGGGCAGGGUCUCAUCUUCCUGCGCUCAAAUGUCAUAGAAGCCAGUCCUGAAACACUCGGAACUGGAUGUACUGAACAAGCAUCAUGCUCUGCUUCCUCCUCCUGGUUUAUUAUUUGUCAAGUGCAACAUGUUCAGAGCUGCUGAACCGUCACAGAAGGACUUGGAUUAUUGACUCCUUCACAAUUGAGGAGGGGCAUCCAGGACCCUUCCCUUACGUGCUGGGCAAGGUAUAUAUUGAGCGGGACUAUCGAGUAUACUUUGAUCUCUAUGGGGAAGGAGUGGAUGAGGAGCCAAAGGGAGUCCUCUCCAUUCAUAAAGAGUCUGGCACGGUGUCUGUCCACAGGGCUGUGGACUAUGAGGAAAAGACAAUGCUUAAGCUGAAAUUUGAGGCCAGAAAGACAGGGUCAUCAAUUGACACUAGAUUAGGGAUUGAGAUUUUCAUAAGGGACAUCAAUGACAACCCACCACGUUUUCAGAGGGAUCUGUAUGAAAUCAGCAUUGAUGAGCAAAACACACAAGGCUCCCAUCUCCUGACUGUAGUGGCCUACGACAGAGACCAGAGAGGGACACCCAACUCCACAUUCCACUAUGAAAUCAAAUCUGUGUCUCCAAACCCUCCAGACACUGAAUUCUUCAUUGAUGAGUCUGGAACUGUUUCUUUCAAAGGAUGUUUGGAUCAUGAGGUGGCUGAAAUGUUCACAAUACUGGUGGAGGCCAAAGACCACGGUGAAGUAGUCAGCCUGUCCAGUUCAACCACUGUUGUCAUUCAUGUCCAGGACGGCAACAACCACCUCCCAACCAUCAGCGGACAAACGGGCACCGGCACAGUGAAGGAGGAUGAGACUGGAUCUUCUCCCCUGCGGCUGCAUGUGACUGACAAAGACAACCCGAACAGCCCAGCAUGGAGAGCCAGAUACACCAUACAGGGUGACCAGGGAGAGCACUUCAAGAUUGAAACAGACCCAGACACCAAUGAUGGAAUCCUGACAGUAGUAAAGCCUUUGGACUUCGAGGAGGGAGCACAGAGGGAGCUGUCCAUCUCUGUGGACAAUGAGAUGCCAUAUUUCCUCUGCGAAGUGAAGGAGAGGACGUCCUCAGGCCUCUGGAUAGUUGAUACCAGCACAGGGAAUGGUCCUGGUGCAGGUCAACCUCACACUGUAAAAGUCAUCAUCAGCGUGGAGGACACCAAUGACCCCCCAGUGUUUAGUGAGGCUGUCAAAGAGCCCACAUUGCUGGAGAACGCACCCAUUGGAACCUGGGUAGAGAAAGUGACUGCUGUUGAUCCUGACUCCAGUCACGCAAGAGAUUUUGUGUACAAGGUAGGAAGUGAUCCUGCUGGCUGGGUGACGGUGGAUCCCCACACAGGCGACAUCACAACAGUCAAAACACCAGACAGAGAAUCUCCUCAUGUCGUUAAUGGAGUCUACACCAUCUUACUGCAUGCAGUGGAUAAUGGAAAUCCACCCCUGACAGGCACAGCCACACUGCGAAUCUAUGUGACUGACCAGAAUGACAACGUGCCACAGCCAAUAGUGCACUACUUGGAUGUGUGUGCGUCAGACAGCCCCACUACCACCAACAUCACAGCCUUUGACCUGGACGAAAACCCCUUCGGAGGGCCUUUCACGUUUGAACUGCUGGGGGAUGUCAAAGGAAAAUGGAAACUGAAUCCCUCAAAUGGUUACACAGCUGGUCUGGUGAAGGAGCCCGGUGUGUACGCCGGACCCCACACAAUAGAUCUGAAGAUCUCUGACAUGCAGGGACAGUCUGGCGUUUACAACCUCAGUUUGACCGUGUGUGACUGCUCUGGGGCGGCCAGCUGCCGAACCCGCCGAGACGCUGCCCCAAGGGCUGCCUCUGGUGCUAUAGGCCUAGUGUUUGCCUCACUCUUUUUACUGCUGUUCCUGCUGCUGAUGGCAGUUGUCAUCUCCCGCAGAAAAGAGUUCAUCACUUUAGAGACAGCUUCAUCGGGAGAAACCCUCCUCACAUCAAACACUGAGAAACCGGGCACAGACUGCGAGAUGACCUGGAAUUCUUUUAUAACCAGUCACUACAACCACAUCCACCAGUUUGAGGACAUGAGCAUAAUGAAUUCCCUCAACCAAAGGAGCACGAGCUAUGCGUCGGGUUUGCCUCUCCCCGCCCUGCUUUAUUGGAGGCUCUCCUCUCUCCGGGAGACAGAGGAUGACCUGCUGGACUAUCAACCUUACCUGUACGCAGAGGAGGGGGACUCGGACAACGUCUCAGAGCUGGAGAACAUCACCAUUCCUGAUGAAGAUUCAUUCCAGAAAGCACUAAAAGACUUGGGCCCCAAGUUCAACCAACUGGCUUCCAUUUGCAAGCCACCACAGAUACAAAAGUGAGCAGGGGAAAAGAAAAACACUGGACAUUUGAUUGACUGCACAGGCUGUUAUUCUGUUUAGUUUUAAAAAAAGUGAAUGAUGUUAAUGUGCGUUAUAAAAAUCGUUGGGUGCAGUAUGUUAAA